AUGGCCAAGGGCGGCGGCUCGCAGCUGUCUCAGCUCAAGCAAAAGCUUCACAGCUCUGGUGUCACAGAUCGUCGUCAGCUCUCCAAAAAAUCACGCUCGCGUAAAGGCGGUCAGGACGAAAAGGAUGCCGUUGCAGCCCGUCUCAACAAGAUCAAUGCCAUCGUCUCGGGCUUGAAUCCAUUCGACCAAAAAGUCACAAAGCCAAAACAUGAAGUGCUCGGUCGCAAGAUCAAGGGCGCUGUCGGCCGUCCUGGCGCUGCGAAGGCAAGUGGUCUGGCACAACGGAGGGAGACGCUGCUCCCAGAAUGGCAGGCGCGGAACCGCACAGGCACAUUCGUCGACCGUCGGUUCGGCGAGAACGACGCCAACAUGACACCAGAGGAAAAGAUGCUCGAGCGUUAUGCAACCGAAAAGCAGAGGAGAGCAGCGAAGGGCGCAGCAUUCAACCUCAACGACGACGACGAGCUGCUCACACAUUAUGGACAGUCGCUCAGCGGUAUGGACGAUCUGGCCGACAUUCGGCUCCCAGGAGACGACGAUGACGAAGAAGACCCUGGCCGACUUACAGCUCAAGGCCACUUUGGCGGCUUCGGUGACAACGAAGAUGGUGACAAGUCCAAGGCCGACGUUAUGCGUGAAGUCAUCGCAAAGUCCAAAUUCCACAAGCUCGAACGUCAAAAGGUGAAGGAUGCCGACGACGAACUUCGAGAACAGCUCGACGACGAACUCGCCGACAUCCGCGGCUUGCUCUUUGAACAGCCUGCUGUCCCGACGCCAGCAUUCGCUGUCGACGCAAAAGCAAAAGCCAAGGUCUCUGUCUUCCCCGGUCCCGCCACUGGUGCUAAUGCUACUGCAGUCGCAGGUGCCAGCACAAGCGCUUCCGAGGAUCAAGACAAGCAUGCCAGUUCUUACGAUACCUUUGUUCGCGAACUGGCCUUCGAACGCAGAGCCAAGCCUCAGGAUCGUCUCAAGAGCGAAGAAGAACUUGCUGCCGAGGAGGCAAAGCGACUAAUGAAGGCAGAGAAAGCACGCUUGAAGCGAAUGCGAGGCGACAGCGACGACGAGGCCGAUCAAGACGAUGAGGACGAUGGCAGCCGUCGAAAGCGAAAGAAGGGCGCCAGCUCUAGCUCAAGUGCCAAACGUGCAGCUCAGGCCGACGACCUCGACGAUGAUUUCGAGCUGGACGGUAUGACUGCCGGCGAGGUGUACGGUCUCGGUGCUGGCCUCGCAGAAAACGGUGCUGACGACGACGACGAAGAGGAUGUCGAGGAUGAGAAUGAGGAUGAAGACGAUGGCGAAGAGGAUAACGCAGAAGAUGCUGCGGAAGGUGUGGAGAUUGAAAACGACGAUGAGGACGAAGAGGAUGAUGACGACGACGACGACGAUUUUGCUGAUCUUGCCGAUGCGGACGAAGCCAUUCAAAUCGGCGAGGAUGAAGAGUCGGAGCAAGAGGGCGAUCAUGAAGCUCUCACCGGCUCCUCUGCCAAGACUGGUAAGCCCGGGUCCUCUGGAAAGGCAAAGCCCUCUCCAGUCACGGAGAGCAAGCUCCCAUUCACUUUCCAGUGUCCCGCAACACAUGACGAGCUGCUCUCACUCCUGGAGGGCCACCAGAUCGAUCCCAAGCAUAUCCCCACCGUCAUCAAGCGCAUCCGCACACUCCACCACCCAAGUCUCGCCGAAGACAACAAGUAUCAUCUCCAGGCGCUCAUUGGCGUGCUCAUUGACCACGCUCUGCACUGGGCCGGCCAAGCGCACCUGCACCAGUCCUCCACCGGCCAAAAGCACAAGCUCGCGUUUGCGAUCGUCAACUCGCUCAUCCCGCACAUCUUCAGCCUGUCGCAAAGCUACCCCGCUGCGUCGGCGGAACACUUUGUGAGCAAGCUUGCGCUCAUGCAGCGCAACCUCUCGCGAGGUCUUGCCAAAGGUCCCACCGAGGCAGACGCAAGGACAUGGCCGGGUCUACCUGAACUGACACUGCUCAGACUGGUUGGCACUGUAUGGCCUACGUCGGACAAGCAGCACAAUGUUACGACGCCUCUGGCUCUGCUCAUCGCGCAGUACUUGGCACACGCGAGAAUUCGCUCGAUCAGCGAUUUGGCUUCCGGUCUCUUUCUCUGCUCUUUGGUGGUGUCCAACGAGAAAGAGAGCAAGCGACUUUUCCCUGAAGCGCUUAAUUUCCUCUUCUCGAGUAUCGCCGUUCUUGGAUUCCUGGGUGCGGAGAAAAGGCAGCAGCGUCAAGGCUUGACAAAGAUACAGGGCGUAGCGGAGGAGUAUGGAAUUCCGACUCCUGAUGUCGAUGCGGCGCAUACGCAACAUCUGCGUCUGUCCCGGGAUCAGACGAUCGAAUCUGCAGAGAAUGCGGUCGAUCUGCCGAGUUUGAUCACAACCAAGUCGAGUGAUGCAGAUGCAGACGAGCAGCAGCGCACUGCGCUUCUUUCGGUGGCACUUGCGCUUCUGGCCAAGUUCAGUGAGAUGUAUACGGGUUCCACCUCCUACAUCGAGCUGUUCACGCCCUUCUCAGUGCUUCUCUCCUCAUCGUCCUCGACGUCGACUUGCAAUAUCACCGGUUCGCUCGCACGAUCGCUGCAACUCGCCUCAUCGUCGCGCCGCUACCUGCGCUUGCAAGCCCACCGCGCUAUCGCCAUCGCCUCGCAGGUGCCCAAAUUCGACCAGCAGGGCUACAACCCAGACCGCAAGUCUGCCCUCGACCCAGACGUCGAGCGUGUGCAAAUCCAAAAGAUGAAGGCCCUCAUCAAGAAGGAGCGCAAGGGCGCCAUCCGCGAACUGCGCCGCGACAACCAAUUCAUCGCCCAGGUGCGCAGACAGGAUCAGCAGGAGGAGGACCAGUCCUACAAGAAGAAGAUGGACAAGAUCAUGUCGACGUUGCAGGUGGAGCGGAGCGAGCAGAAGCAGAUGGAACGGGCCAAGGCCAACAUCAAGCGUCGUGCUGGCAAGAAGUAA